AUGAGGUUAGCUUAUUGUUACGCUGUUAAUCGUAGAGUAAGUGAUCCUGUGCAAUUUUCUAUUGUUGGAUUAACUGGAAAAGCAGAAAAGAUUUUUAAUAGUUACCCUUCUUAUUCGAAUUGGGAUGUUAAUAUUUCAAAUAAAAAUUUGGAUGAAUUAUGGAAUCCAAAACAAAUAGUUUAUCUAACUGCUGAUUCUAACAAUUUACUUGAAACGUUAGAUGAAGAUAAAGUUUAUAUAAUUGGAGGCCUUUUGGAUCAUAAUCAUCACAAAGGUAUUUGUUUGAAAAAAGCUGAAGAUAAUGGAUACGAGCAUGCAAGGCUUCCAAUUGAAUCUUUUUUUAAGCUUUGUGGAAGAAAUGUUAAAUUUUUAAAUUAG